GACUGUCAAUCCGAUGGAUAUUGUCAAUGUUAUUAUGGAUGGAGCGACAAGACGUGUGAUACACCUACCAUGUGUGUGUUAAUUCUUGAAGGAGAUGCUGGUUUUAGGGAAGUCAAUGAAAUGCUACAAAAUGAUAAAAUAUUCGAAUCUCCAUGGAAUGGACCAACGUGUGAUGACAGCUGUUUGGAAAAUAUUGACAAUGAAACUCUGUGCUAUAAUGAUACGACGCAUGCAAUUCCACGUGUGGCAUGUUUCUUAAGGCCUGAUUCAAGGUGCAAAUUUUUAGAUCUGAAUGCUGCUAGUUUGUUGCGCAAUUCCACAGUUAUAGGAACUAGUGGUGCAAUACUUGUAUUAAUCUUGGGAUCAGCAUUGGGCUUAGUAAUUUUUUUGAAAUACAAGAAAAACACUAAUGACGUGUCAGUAAUCAUUAACCGUGACUUAUUGCAUACGUUGUUGGAAGAAGACAGUGGCUAUGAACCCCACGAAGAAACCAUCAAUUAAAACUAUUAUUCCUUUAUGACGAUUUGACGAUCCCCUGAAUUUUGCACGUGGAAACAUUCAAUACUGGAACUUGCUCGUGAUUCUAUGGUGCCUUCAAGUUUAGAUGCAGUAAUGGCUGUGCAAAUGGACACUGCGUAGGAACUGAACAAUGCAACUGCAAUCCUGGUCUCUCAAAGGAUCCUUAGACUCAGAUUCACGUAGCUGGCUGCAAGAUAUCUUGCUUAAAUGCAGUAUAAACUGAACCUAACACCUGUACCUGCAAGAAUCGCUCUUACCAAAUCCUAAAGCCCUGACUAAGAGCUUGGUUACGUUGGAGAUUGUACCAACGGAAUCUGCUUUGGACCAAAUAUCAGCAUCAGCAACGCUGACUUUAUAAAAGAUCCUAGUAUUAAGAGUAGCCAUCACUGCGUUCCCCGUACCAGAAUCUUAUGCAAAAAAAUCACGCUGUAUGCACUCCCUAUAACAUAAUGUGAAUAAAUCUGCUUUAGAUUAUACAAUAAAUUGAAACGUAUAUAUUAUCACUCAUUGUGCUUAUUCGCUUGUCUUAGACGUCUUGAAAUUAUUUCAGAUAGAAAAAGAGUCUUGGAGCAUUUGCCAUGUUCUGACCAGGUCCUGCUAACUGUCCUUACUAGUUUUCAAUGGAAAAACUGAGGGAGCCCUUGCGAGACACGUGGCGCAAUAGUAGCUGGCUACGAAUUGUUUAAUUUUUCUAUAUGAUCCCAAAUUUCAAAAAAAUUUCAUCAAACAUUCCAGAAAAAAUAGUCAAACGUAAAACUGAUGUAAUGAAAUAAUUUUAUAAUUAAAACAAAUGUAAAAUAAUAGGGCGCUUCUGUUACUGGUGUCAUAUGGACUCAUUUUAUUGCGAUGCUGACAGCAGAAUCCGUACUUGCGAUUCUCGGGACGCUCGAAGUGACUUUAUGUAAAGGAUGAUUCAAUUUCGUGAUAAGUGAUUGAUAGCUGUUUUCAUUGAUGUCAUAUUUUUUCCUUUAGGAGGAUCCUGCAUCCUGUCUCAGUGAUAAGACGGAAUCAUUGAGGGCGGAGAUACAAUGCAAUACACUAACAAAGAUUUAACCAGCAUUUGGAAUCUGUCUAGCGUCCAGUUGUCUCUCAGGCAAAAGCUUAAAAAUGUUAUUUAAAUAUUCGCUCCUGGCAAUUGUCAUUUUAAGUGAAUUUUUUAACGGCACGAGUGCACUUACUACUGCAGAUGGAUCCAACAUUUGUCAUGAUGUAUACGGAGAGAGUUACAGAAAAGGAUGGCUUUUCAAACGCGUAAAAUGGCGAACAAACUACAGAGUAGAGUACGUAAGAGUCUACAAGACCAAAGAAAAAUGCUGCGAUGGUUAUGAGGAUGUUGAAUCAGUCUGCCUGAGAAUAUGCAAUGGAGGAUAUCAGCUUGAUUCGAACAAAAUUCAAUGCGAGCCCAUUUGCGAUCCUGUCUGUCGAAACGGAAGCUGCACGUCACCAAACACCUGCACGUGCAACAACGGCUAUGAAAGAAGCACAACGCAGCCCAACGUUUGUGUUCCCGUGUGCGACAGACCCUGCAUUAAUGCAGAUUGCGUAGCUCCAGAUCAGUGUCAAUGUCACACAGGGUAUAGUAAGAGUGAUGAUGACUUUUCCUGUGCGCCGCAGUGCACCGACGGUUGUAUUCAAGGUACCUGCAUAGCUCCUGGUAUUUGCAACUGCAAUGAUGGUUACCAGAAAAGUGGAAUUCUGAACAAUUACUGCGAUCCUAUCUGCCAGGAGACUUGUGUUCAUGGAACAUGUGUUUCACCGAAUGUGUGUUCGUGCCUCGAUGGAUAUUUCCAAAUUUCAUCCACCGCGUGUGCGCCGUUGUGCGAUAACGGAUGUCCCAAUGGAGAGUGCAUAGAGCCGAAUGUGUGCAGGUGCAACGAUGGGUACGUUGAGAAUCCAAUAUCCAAUGGAAUUUGUGAACCAGUCUGUACAAAACCUUGCGAAAAUGGGAUUUGCACAGAACCGGAUACCUGCCAGUGCAACCUUGGUUUCAGACUACACGAGGCAGAAUGGAAUAUUUGCGAUCCAUUUUGUUCGUAUUUCUGUGUCAAUGGACAUUGUGUUGCACCUGAGACCUGUGCAUGUGACGAUGGAUACAGGAUGACUGAUGUUGAAAAUAUGUGCGAGCCCAUUUGCGAAAAUUGCAGUAAUGGACACUGCACGGAGCCAAAUAUCUGCACGUGCAACAACGGCUAUGAAAAAAGCACAACGCAGCCCAACGCUUGUAUUCCCGUGUGCGACAGACCCUGCGUAAAUGCAGAUUGCGUAGCACCAGAUCAGUGUCAAUGUCACAUAGGGUAUAGUAAGAGCGAUGAUGACUUUUCUUGUGCGCCGCAGUGCACCGAUGGUUGCAUUCGAGGUACCUGCACGGCUCCAAAUAUUUGCACCUGCGAUGAUGGCUACGUAAGCCUUGAACUUUCGAACAGUAUCUGCUUUCCUAUCUGCCAUGAGACUUGUGUUAAUGGAACAUGUAUUGCACCGGAUGAAUGUUCUUGCGACUUUGGAUAUUACCAAAUUUCAUCCACCACGUGUGCACCGUUGUGCGAUAACGGAUGUCCCGAUGGAGAGUGCAUAUAUCCGAAUGUGUGCAGGUGCAACGAUGGGUACGUUGAGGAUCCAAUAUCGAGUGAAAUUUGUACACCAAUUUGUACGAA